AUGAAGAACAAGGCUGAGAAACUGGUUUAUAAUAAAACAAAGGAAAAGUUGUUGAGUGGUUACAAUCUGCAAAGAAAUACGGUAUUUCAGUUUUGGCAAAUGAUUCUGAUGAAAGUUGUGCAUCAGUUUGGAGAAGCUGCAUUACAGUCUUCAAAACAGCAGGAAUAUCGGGAAUAUGUCAAGUUAAAACAUAGAAUAGCCACAAGAGAUCUACAAUCUGGUUUUGAAUAUGGCAAGGGGCAGCAAAGUCCAUAUCAAGUGUAUUCGUGUUUGUUACAUCAACGCCUUGCUACCAGAGACAAGAAGCUCUUGUACGCAAUGAAGAGUGGACUAGUUAUACGCGACUUGCAACAGCUUAAUAUUGGUAAAUUGGAGUUCCAAGUGAAGCACACAUGGCGAUAUAAGCUAAUACAACUAGUUUUGAUGAGUUUCAUGCUACAAAUGGGACAUCAUAAACUAGUACAACCAGUUUUCAUGUUGGCAUUCACUUUGGACAGUUUGGUGAUCCUCCUUGGCCUUGGUGAUGCAAAUGAUGGGGAUUGCGUGCACAAGGGCUGGUUUUCUCGAUUGAAUCAUGUUUCUUCAACCUGGGAAAUGAAAGGAGAAGGAGAAGAUAAGCAACAGCUUCAACUUUCUAAGAUCGAGGAUCUCGGAAUUAGUAUGGCCUGUCGCAUCGUGAUCUGGGUCUUGAGGUGUGUUUUCAGAGGAAGUCAACAACUUUUCUAUGGUGAUGCAAAGAUCUGUUUGAAGCAUAAAUGGCGAUCUAAGCUCCUACAAUCAAUUUUAGUGCUGGAUUUAUGUCUGGACAGUCAUGCAUUCAUCGAUUGGGAGCAAUGCACAUACAAGCAGCAGGACAUCCUAAGUACACGUAAGAAGCGGAAAUGUUUCAAGUCUUGGCACUUCAAAUACAAACCCAAAUUACAGUCGCAAAAGGAAGGGCCAACAGGCUGUUUCCAAGAGGAGGAAUUGAAUGAAGACAACUAA